AUGCCAUGUUCUUUUCAGGAAGCUCGAGCAUCACUGCCGUCUCACUUUGGCCCUCUUUUGUUCGCGGGUGGAAACCAUCCCAGUAACGGAUCGACUCUUCGGGGUUUCUAUGCGCUACUCACCCGAGUGACUCGAGAAUCUUUGGGUUUAUUUGUUGCAUACCCCUCGCGAUACGCUCGUAAACGCAAAGGCAGCACCGGUCUCUCGCCAACUGGCCGCGCGGUCGUAGACUCUCACACGCAGACCCCGGUGGAUGAGAUCUAG